GCUAGGCGAAAACAAAACUGCAAUCCCGGCUCACAUCUUCCCCGAGGGAGGAGGCGGGCCCAGCGCCCAGUGGCUGGGCUCUCAACCGCGCCCUGCGAUGCUGCUGCUAUGGGUGUCUGUGGUCGCAGUCAGUGCUCUGGCAGCACCAGCUCCCGGGACAAGUGGGCAGAGGCGGGAAGCAGCUCAGGUUUGGCCCGAUACACCUAACGUGGUGCUAGUUGUGAGCGACUCCUUUGAUGGAAGGUUAACAUUUUUUCCAGGAAGUCAAGUAGUGAAACUUCCUUUUAUCAACUUCAUGAAAGCACAUGGCACUUCCUUUCUGAACGCCUACACAAACUCUCCAAUCUGUUGCCCAUCACGCGCAGCGUUGUGGAGUGGCCUCUUCACUCACUUAACAGAAUCUUGGAAUAACUUUAAGGGGCUAGAUCCAAAUUAUACAACAUGGAUGGAUAUCAUGGAGAAGCAUGGUUACCAAACACAAAAAUUUGGAAAACUGGACUAUACUUCAGGACAUCACUCCAUUAGCAAUCGUGUGGAAGCAUGGACAAGAGAUGUUGCUUUCUUACUCAGACAAGAAGGCAGGCCUAUGGUUAAUCUUAUCCCUAAAAAGACUCAAGUAAGAGUAAUGGAAGGGGACUGGGAGACUACAGACAGAGCAGUAAAUUGGUUAAGAAAAGAAGCAGUUAAUAGCACUCAACCAUUUGUGCUGUAUUUGGGAUUAAAUUUACCACACCCUUAUCCUUCACCAUCUUCAGGAGAAAAUUUUGGAUCUUCAACAUUUCACACAUCUCUUUAUUGGCUUAAAAAAGUGUCUUAUGAUGCCAUCAAAAUCCCAAAGUGGUCGCCUCUGUCAGAAAUGCACCCUAUAGAUUAUUACUCUUCUUACACAAAAAACUGCACUGGGAAGUUUACAGAAAAGGAAAUUAAGACUAUUAGAGCAUUUUAUUAUGCUAUGUGUGCUGAGACAGAUGCCAUGCUUGGUGAAAUUAUUUUGGCUCUUCGCCAGUUAGACCUUCUUCAGAAAACUAUUGUCAUAUACACCUCAGACCACGGAGAGCUGGCCAUGGAACAUCGUCAGUUUUAUAAAAUGAGUAUGUACGAAGCUAGUGCCCAUGUUCCACUCUUGAUAAUGGGGCCAGGAAUUAAGGCCAACCUACAAGUAUCAAAUGUGGUUUCUCUUGUGGAUAUUUACCCUACUAUGCUUGAUAUUGCUGGAAUUCCUUUGCCACAGAACCUGAGUGGAUAUUCUCUGUUGCCACUGUCAUCAGAAACGUUUAAGAACGAACACCAAUUCAAACGCCUACGUCCACCCUGGAUUCUGAGUGAAUUCCAUGGGUGCAAUGUGAAUGCUUCCACCUACAUGCUUCGAACCGACCAGUGGAAGUAUAUAGCCUACUCUGACGGUGCUUCGUUGCCUCAACUCUUUGAUCUUUCCUCAGAUCCAGAUGAAUUAACAAAUAUUGCGACAAAAUUUCCAGAAAUUACUUAUUCUUUGGAUCAAAAGCUUCGUUCCAUUAUAAAUUACCCUAAAGUUUCUGCUUCUGUCCACCAAUACAAUAAAGAGCAGUUCAUCAACUGGAAACAAAGUAUAGGGCAAAACUAUUCAAAUGUUAUAGCAAACCUUAGGUGGCAUCAGGACUGGCUGAAAGAACCAAUGAAAUACGAAAGCGCGAUUGAUCAGUGGCUUAAAACCCAUACUAUCCAAACAAAAUUUGAACAAAAAUAAGAAAAUAAUGUUCCAGAGCUACAAAGAAAUGUUAAAAGAUCAUGAUUAAUUAUGUUUUAAAUAUUAGUUGUAAUAAUUACUAAUUAUUUUUACUUUAAAAAAAUAUAUUCUAUUUUUAAAUAAAAAACAAUCAUUAUAGAAUUAUAUAUUUUCAAAAGUGAUUACUAUCAACACCUCAUUCUUACCAAUGUCUAACAAGUUAAUGGAAGUAGUAAAAGAAUGGAAGCAAAUAGUAUAACGUUAUAUUCUUCUGAAUAAUAUGGAAUAUAGAAUCUUUUAACAAUUACUGAUUACUUAUGAACCAUAAAGCAGCUAUUUGUAUUUGAUGGUGUCUGAUGAGUUAUUUGCAUCUGAUGGGACAUGGACCAUUUAUGUGUAUUUGAUGGGAGUAUUUAGGGCCAUAAACCCUGGAUAUGGGUAUUUUUAAAUAGGUAAUAGGUGGGGAAAUGCGCCGACUGCUCUCCGCGGGGAGACAUUGUCACUCCCCAGUCUCCAAUGGAGGCCUGUGUGCUCAGGAGCCGCGGGCAGAGCGCCUCUUAUGAAACCUAAUUUGGGAUGGAAGGGCUCCAUCACUGCAGAAGGCUUUUUGAGUCCGCCAGCCACCCAGUUCCCCUUCCUGGAGGCCACUAAUGUAACCACUUUCCUGUGUGUCCUUUUAGAGACAGAACAUGCAUCUCCAAACAGACUUUAUAUUCCUUUUUUCCCCCACCACAAAUGGUAGCAUACUAUGUAAAAUGUUCUGCAUCUUGAUAUUGUUUCCACUUAACAAUAGAUAUCUAGAAGUGAAAUUGCUAGGGCAAGACUGUAUCUAGCAAAAUUAUGCUAAAUACAACCAAAUUACCCUAAAGAAGUUAGAACAACUUAAACUCUCACCAGCAAUGCAUACCCUCACAUCCUUUGCCAACCUGAUAGAUUAAAAAUAUAUUAUUUUUUUCUUUUUCUUUUUAUGAAUAAGGGAGAUCAUAUUUUCAUAUACUUAAUAAUCAUAGGAAUUUCCUUUAUUCUUUGCCUACUUUUCUGUUGGUUGUUGGUCUUUUUUAUUACAGGCAUGCUUUAGAUAUUAGCCCUUU